UUAUUUUUUUAUCUCGUACAUCAAACGGAGUGAAUGGACUUUGAAUUAGACAUUAUACCGGUUAAGUAGCAAAUUAUCGCGUCGGCAUUUCAAUAUAUUUAAAUACAAAAUGAACAAAUUAAUAGGAAUUACUAGAAACUUUUCUAAUUCCACGUCUUUAAAUGCUAUUAAAACGGUCACGGUUGUCGGAGGGGGUCUUAUGGGAUCUGGCAUUGCUCAGGUCGCAGCACAAGCUGGCCAAAAUGUAACAAUAAUAGAUCUAAAACCAGAAUCACUGGAGAAAGCUGAGAAAUCUAUUCAGAACAACCUUAAUCGGGUCGCUAGAAAAGCUUAUAAAGAUGACCCAGCAAAGAUUGAAGCCUUUGUUAAAGAAGCAAGUGACAGAAUCAAAGUUUCAACUAAAAUAGAAGAUGGAGUUAACGUUGAUCUGAUUGUUGAAGCUAUUGUUGAGAGGCUCGAUGUUAAGCAAGAGUUGUUCAACAAACUCGAUCAGCUAUGCCCUGAACAUACCAUUCUUGCAAGUAACACAUCAUCAAUUUCAAUUAAUGAGAUUGGAGCGGGUAUCAAAAGGAAGGACAGAUUUGGAGGUCUACAUUUCUUCAACCCUGUACCCGUGAUGCGUCUCUUGGAAGUCAUUAAGGGUGACCAUAUAUCUGAAGAGACAUACCAAACUAUGAUGGCAUGGGGUAAAUCUGUUGGAAAGACUUGUAUUACUUGCAAAGACACUCCUGGAUUUGUGGUCAACCGAUUGCUCGGACCGUACAGUGCUGAGGCACUAAGGAUGUAUGAGAGAGGUGACGCGUCAAAAGAGGAUAUAGAUAUUGGAAUGAAGUUAGGUGCGUCAUUGCCCAUGGGCCCGCUUGAGUUAGCAGAUUACACAGGCUUGGAUACUAACAAAUUUGUCCUACAAGUUCUGUACGAGAAGACCAAUAACCCCGUAUUCAAACCAAUAGACUUGUUAGAGAAGAUGGUCGCUGAUGGAAAACUUGGAAUCAAGACUGGGGAGGGAUUUUAUAAAUAUACGAAAUGAUUGCUAUACUUCUAAUGUUUAUUAUAAAUCGAUUUUUGUACUCAGAUAUUUAUAAUUAAUGUUUUGGUUAAAUAUUUUAUAUUUUUA